AUGGCACAUGUGCUCCAGUGGUCACUGGCAGAGCUCCACCCUCGCGGAACACUUUUGAAGCCCUCAAUUCCACUCUUCAUGUACGGUUUUUAUGUGGGGGCGAGGAAAUACUUCAAAGAGAGGAUCUUGGCAUGGUCAGAGAAGUACGGCGAAGUGUACACCUUUUGGAUGGGUGAAAAACCUGUCAUAGUCUUAGGCAGUCCCGAGAUUCUCAGGGAGGCUCUCAUAUCUAAGCGAAACUCCUUUGGUGGACGGCCGCCCUGUAACAUGGGAGAAAUGCACAAGGAGAAAGGAGAUCACGAUAUAAUUUUUGAAGAUGCGAACCCUACUUGGAGAGCACUGAGAAAAGUCGCUUUGGCUGCUGUGAGGAAACACACUUCCAGCGAAAGCCUGGAGGAACUUUGCUGUGAUGUCGUCGACGCGUAUGUGAAUUCGUUGGAUUGCGAGACAGUUGCGGUAAAGGCGAGAGAUCCUUUAUUGUUCAUCAUCUUCAACAUAACGGCAGCGUCAACAUUUAGCACCAAGUUCGAAGCCAACAGCACGGACUUUGUGCAGCUGGCCAACAUAAAUAGAGGCCUGCCCGACAUGUCGCCACUGCAAAGCGACAUUGCACCGUGGCUUGGCUUCUUACAAUGGCGCUUGGAAAGGGCCUUCCGGCGCCACAUGAACGAGCUCCUGGCACUGUUCAGCCGCCUGUAUGACAAGGCUAAAGCUGAUUACGUUCAAGGGAAGGAACUCAACUUCGUACACGCUAUUCUGGCCGCCAGAGAGGAAGCAAUCGCACAAGACAGGAACGAUGCCGUCUACCUGACCGAAAGAAACUUGAUUCAGGUUGCGCUGAACCUAUUUGAAGCUGGCCUAAACACUUCCGUGAGCGCUGCCAGCUGGUUACUACUCGAAAUCGUGCAAGACCCAGCCAUCCAAAAGAAAGUGCAGAGCGAUAUCCACACUAUGAUUGGCGAGAGGCGACCGACCAUGCAAGACAGAGACAGGCUUCCGUACACGAUGGCCUGCAUCCUGGAAGCCCUGCGACUGCACCCACCCGCACUUCUCGGAUUGCCUCGCAGAGUGCAGCACGACGAAUGGCUAGGCGGCGUGCUAAUACCCAAGAAUGCUAUCCUCAUCUACAACAUAUUUAAAGCUGGCCGUGACCCGAGCCUGUGGGAAGACCCAUGCUCUUUCAAGCCCGAAAGAUUCCUGGACGACGAGACGGGUGUGCUGUCCACCAAGGACAAGCCCUCGCUGCUGACCUUCGGCCUGGGCGCCCGAAGCUGCGUCGCGGAAAAGCUCGUGCCGACCGUUCUUUUUUACGUUCUCGUCAGGCUGAUGCAACGCACGACUUGGACCCUGCCACCUGACGAGAUUUACGACCCCACAGAAACCGACGGCACAACAUUGUUGCUGGCACCGGCAGAUCGGCGCGUAGAGGUCACCAAAAGGAACACGUGA